AUGAGCCCAUUCGUGCGCGUGCGCGUACCAGAGAUGGAGCAAAAUUACGGAAUCACCCCCAACGAAUGGAUUGUCUUUCUCGACAAAUUCAACGAAGCGUGGAUGGCGAACCCAGCCCUCCAAGUCGCCAACCAAGCAGGCAACAUUGCCGGCAUGGCCCCGUCCAUGAUCGCCCAGAUAGUCGGUGUGGGUGUCAACGUGACUGCUAGCAUUGGCUCGGCAGUUAUCACCAAAGUGCGCACAAAGAAGUACCUGGCAAAGGCAAACGAAAAGCUCUUCAAUCCAAAGGGCUUGCAUGUCCAGGUCUGUAAGACGGAGAAGAUGCUCGAGUAUGUUGGCUUGAGUGGUCAAGACAAUGUCUUUUCUCGGUACAAGCAGGCCUUUGAGUAUACGCAGAUGAGCGCUCCUAUGAUACAGGGAAAUAACAACCCUACUUUGCAGCGCAUGCAAUCGCUGGGUAACCGAGUUAUGACCAUAUCAUUCGAUAAUGUAGAGGCUCCGACUAAGCCUGAGGGGAUGAAAAGAAUGCCAAGGAGCAGCGGAGAGCAGGCAGGAGAGCAGGUCGGGGGGAGCUCUCGGAGGGAGGAGAGGAAUGAGAAGAAGAAGGAAAAGGAGACCAAAAAAAUCCGGUGGCUUGUGAUUGCGCCAAAGGAACAGGUUGCUGGAAAGGAUAACGAUCGGGAUUCGGACGAGGAGAAAUCAGAGAAGAAUUGA